AUGUCGUUGAGUGGUUACGUUCCAACAUUCAAGGAACGUCGGCCAUUUGAAGUUUCAUUUGUAGUUUACUUUCAUUUCCAUGAAAGUAAAUGUGAGCAGCAGCAGCAGCAGCAGCAGGAGGAAGUAGUGCAGCAGUUGAUUGCUCAGUUCCUGGAAAUUGAUGACGGUGAUGCGCAUUCAUCCUACACAUUACCACCAGCAUUGAACUGA